CCGGAAACAAUUUGGAAUACCGGUUCACUGUCCGGCAAUAGCGGUUGACCCGGUAUCAUUCCUGUGUUCGGCGUAGUCAUCGCUCGCAAGAGUCUGGGCCGCGUACCGGCGACCAUGUGGGAUAGCCGUGGGGUUGCCUGAUUAUGAAAGAUGAUUCAACACGGAUAAAUAUAGCUGGAGCUAUACCAGGUUAAAUAGGUGAACUUUGAACAUUCCGCUUUAUAUUUGAAACAAUGGCAAUCCCGAAAUCAUACAAGUCCUUCAGACGUGCGAUGGGAAAGGAUGAGCAAACGAUUCGCCCAGCGGUCGAAUGGAUACCUCAACUCCAGUCAAACGAAGUCUUGGUACGGAUUCGUGCUGUCUCGCUGAACUAUAGAGAUGUCGGUAUGCUGCAUGGUAAGUAUCCAGUGCCAGUGAAAGACAAUGGUAUUCCGGCAUCCGACUGCGCUGGAGAGGUGGUGGCUCUUGGAUCCGAGAUACACAAGGUAAAACUUGGGGACCGUGUUUCGCCCGUCUUUGACUUGAAGUACAUCGAAGAACAAGAUGAAGAAGAUAAGGUUGCUCAGCUGGGUGGAAAUGUUGACGGUGUUCUCCAACAAUAUGCAGUAUUUGACGAGAAUGUGCUUGUUCGUGUCCCACCACAUCUUUCGUGGGAAGAGGCUGCGUGUAUAACUUGUGCUGGAACUACGGCGUGGAACUCUUUGGCUUUGAGCGAAAAACAUUACCGGAAAUCAUCUGCUCUGAUGUUAGGAACGGGUGGCGUGAGUCUGUUUGCCGUAUUACUCUGCUUGGGUGCUGGUAUCCGCCCUAUAAUUACGUCCUCAUCAGACAUUAAACUUCGGGAGGUUGCGGCCCUUGGACCAGAGGGUGCGGUUGAUGUUAUCAACUACAACAGCAAUCCUGAAUGGGAGAAAGAAGUUCUUCGACUAACAAAUGGGAGAGGUGUUGACAUCGUCUUGGAAACGGUAGGCACGAGUAUCUCGAAAAGUGUCGCUUCGGUGGCCACCCGUGGUGUUAUCUCCUGGAUUGGCUUUUUGGGCGGACUCCAACUCGACAACUGGGGGGAAGCUUUAGGCCGCUUCUUCCUAAAAGUUGGGACUCUGAAAGCAAUUCAAGUCGGCUCGAAAAUCGACCAAGAGAAUCUUUGCCGGUUUUUGGAGGAAAGGAACAUUUCCCUGAAGCGUAUAAUUAGCAAAACAUUCCAGUUUGAAGAAUCGCCCGCAGCAUUUGAAUACCUGUACUCUGGAAAACAUACGGGAAAGGUGGUUAUUACUGUGAACUAGUUGCGUCACUCGCCGAGUAAGAUUUCAGCCGAAACCUGUCGAAGCACCAGAAGUAUCAGUAGUCAUUAUUAUGCUUUGUUAAAAUUCUAAGAUAAGAAUCAAGG